AUGGCACAUUACAUGCCCAGGUUCGUUUUCACUCCUUGGUUCUGCGUAUCUUCCAGCGCACGCCAGCUUCUGGCUACCACUCCCCUCCAGUCUUCGCCAUUCGCCAGACUUAGCGAGAAGGCUGUCGAAAUGAGCACCGGCGGAGACGGUCUAACCAUAGAAACACUUCAAGCUGCGCGACGUGAUGAGCCUGCCGCUACUACAACCCGUCGAUGUCCCCGGGUACGUCGACGGCACCAUGACUGGGCGCUCGGCGACGAUGCGGCAUGCAACAAUCUCGUGCUGGCGUAUUACUCGACAAAGAUGCCCGUAUUUAAUGUCGUGACGAAACGCGCCUAUGGUGCUGCUGGGGUUGUCAUGCCGGACUGUCGCGACCCGCGGAUGCGCGUGGCCCUGGCCGAGCGGCGACUGGGGAUCGCUGCCACUCAGGGAAAACAACAAGCACAGCACACCUCAUCGCGCUCUUUUGGACCCUCAAACCGUGCUACUCCAUACCACAUCACGAAGUACAUCCCCUUUCUCCUCAUGAAAGCUUCCUUCGCCAAUAUGAUGAAGCACGAAAGCGGGAUCGGCACGCGGCUACCAGGUUGCGCUGCUCAAUGCGUGGUCGAUAGCAUGUCCAUUGGCAACGAGCUCCUCCGCGCCCAGGAACAAGGCGAUCUCGCUGGCCGACCACUGCCCGCGGUAUUCGGUCUCCAGCUGCAGCAGGAGAGCAUUGAUGGAACUUCAACAUCCACAUCAACAGUCACGACGACAGUGACGAUGUGCAUCACGGUGCACACCUCCCCGCCUCCAACUCUCACACCCAUGCCAGGUCUGUUCCUCGAUCCAUACGAGGCUACAAGCGCAAUGGACCAGAGGUUGUGGAUGGUCACCGCCCCCGACAGAGGACGGAUGACUGAAUCAUUCUCUGGUCUUGUGCUAUGGAUCGCAUUGGUGAUUUUGCAGGAUUACUGGAUCAACGGCUACUAG